AUGCUCGACGAAACCGACAUGAUGCGAUUCGGCCAUCUGCCUUUCGAUUAUGUUAUGGAAUACCCAGAUGGCGACAAACUAUUUCCCGAGGAGAUCCCUCCUCAUGUGCCGCAAGAUCUGAUGUCAGAUGAGGAACAUGCCAAAGAUGGCCAGACAACAAGACUGUCUGGAUUCGGACAUGGUUCGGGCGGAGAGAUGAUCAAACAAGCCAGGAUGCCGCCGAUGCUGGAUAUAAGCGACUACGCACGAUUGUUUCUCGGAAUGAUCUCGACUAUCACCAUGCCUGAUGGAGAUACGAAUCUUGAUUUUGUGGAUGGAGUCGCCUGCGGGACGCCAGGCUACGUGCCAUCAUACAUGAUCACGGGCCUAAUGCACAAACCCAAUACAUUGGACGGUCUAUCAGCUCAUGUGUGGCCUGAGGAGUCAUAUGAAAGACCGCCUGAGCUGGAUAUGGUACAGUGUCUUAUGCUUGUCAUCGCCGAUCGCAAGGCGUGUGAAGAGGGAUGGAUUUUGUUCUUUGCUGUGAAUCAUAAGAGAGAAGUCAUUUCCUUCAGAAUUCGCGAAAGGGCUUCUUGGACGAGCCAACUGAUUAUGGAAUUCAUGAAUGGCCAGGCCUUGGAUGAGAACACUGAGGACCCUAGCGAGGAGACGGAAUCUUACAUGCGUGGAGGCGAUGGCUGGGCCCCCGAGAAUGUUCUUUGA